UUCUGAUCCGCUGUCAGCUCUUCAGGGUUUAAGCUGGUGACAAUAUGAACGACCAAUUUUCACUUAAUACCAUUGACAGGCUGGUUUUUCAGUUUGCUCUCCAGACGAGGGAGCUUUCCCAAAAGAAGAAUGAAAUCAACCAACAGAUUAAAGUUUACAGAGUUGACGCUGCUGAGAGGAGGUCGUCCAUCGAAGCGAUCCACAGAAAUAUCCAAACACUUGAGGAGGAAAUCAGGGCGAAGCAGAUCACUGUGACACGUAACAAAGCAAAUGCUAAAAGCAUGAAGGCGAAUAACACCCUGCUGCUUCAGUACGAGCAGACGCUGAAAGCAGAGCUGGAGGGCAGAAAAGCAAGUUACAACCACGACCUGGAUGUCCAUGAAGAGAGACUGGCGAGCUGCAGGAAGACUUUCCAGUCGCAUAAGGAAUAUUAUUGCAAAAAUCCUUUAGCUCAAAAGCUCCUCACGCUGCAGGCUGAAAAGGAGGAGAUUGAGUUUAGGAUCAGGGCUUGUGAUGAUCAAAUUACAAUGAGACAGAAGAAGCUGGAUCAACUCACUGGUCCAGCCGUCAAUUCUUUUCUCCCUGAGAAACUACAUGCCAGUGUUGCAGGUCAGCCGCCCACAGCAGAACCAGAGAAACAACUUGAUACGGAGAUGGAGGAGGAGAGCAAUUCAUCAAUAGACAUCUCUUCUCUUCAUCUUGACCAGACAAAGAAUGGUAAUCCAACUUCUGUAGAGGCAAGGCAGGACAUUUGUCAGGAAAACAAGGUGCAGUAUUCUACCGUCUGCCGCCCGUCCUCUGCAGAGGAAGACAACGAGCCGUGGUCAUGCCAACCGUUGGGCGAGGAAAGAGAGCCAGAUGAGAUGCACAGCAACAAGCACGAUGGGGAGGAAUCUAGACAAGAGGACCACGUCUUGCAAUCCGGAGCGUCAGCCGCGCAACAGGCAGUCGAGGUCGAGGUGGAGGAAGUAGCCAUCGGUGAGGAGGAGGCACAGAGCGAAGAGGACAAUGAGGGACUCGCUGCUUUUCCGUCAUCUCAAGACAGAAAUCCCCAGUCGGCCCCGGUGGAAAUGACAGCCGUUCCUCCGUCCCCAACCUUCCCAUUUACCUUUAGCCCUGCCAGCCCACCACGUCAAGGCACCUCCGAUACCAAAUCUCCAGCUUUCCUGUUCUCCCUGAACUCUGAUCCCAGCACGCUGGCCUUCUCUGGGUUCGGAUUUGACCGCGGCUCUUCUCAGGAGGAGGAGUCUCCUUUCGCUUUUACCUGCCCCCUUUUCAACGAGAAGAAAAACUCAGAACCGAAGUCUUCAACCUGCCCGGAGUUCCUGUUUGGACAACCAGAGCAAAGUGAAGCCUUCAAGUUUCCCUUUCCAUCCCAAAACCCUCGGACAACCGACAAAGAGGACACCAGGGAGGAUUUCCCAUUUUCAUUCAACUUUUGAGGAAUCGAUGACAGAUGUCUGAAAUGCUGAGUUAGUGUUUUUAAAGCAGUUUGUUGCUUAUUUUCUUGGUUGACGACACGUCUCUUAGGUAAGGGUUCAUGGUUGUAAAACUGAAGUCACGUUUAAGCAUUGUUCUGUUAAAUGGUAUUUGGCCUUGUUAAAGAUGAUAUCUUCUUUCCAUAGCGCUUUACACGUUUCAAAGAAUGUACUACUAACAGUGUUACUGUUGAAUGACAUUUAAUCAGAUACAGCAUUAUCAAAACAAUACACAACAUUCAGAUCUCUUACAGAUACCUCUGUUCGAAGGACAGAAGUAGUUACUUCUAUUACACUGUGUAUCCACUCAUUCUUGUUCUUAAUUAAUGAGCAGUGUUUCCUACACAGUGUAUAAAUACAAUGAAAUAACCAUCUCA